AAGAAGCCGCAACUGGCGGAUUUUUCAGAUGUAGAGGAUUUUAACUUUGUCAAGCAGCUUUUCUGUCGGGAAGAUAACGGCGCGGAGAGAGCUGAAAGAAGAGGAACAAGAGGCAUUCGACGCUAUUUUAGGAGAAUAACUCAAGAGAUCACCACACUGCUCAGUCGGAGCACACGUUGUUUGUUCAAGUGCCAUGAAAUGUCCCACGAUCAAGUCUGCUAAAGGGAAGACGAUGGAGAAAAGCACAUUAGCAGAAGCAGCAGCACCUGCUGCAGAGUCUAAAGUACUCUACGUCAAAGAUUCCCCCAAAAAAGAGCCAGUCCCUGUUAAAUCUCAGGAUCGGCCAGCUGGACAGACGACUGUCUUCUUCUCCACCAGUGCAGUUCACAACAAAGAGAACAACACUGGCAGAGAGCAAGAUGGGGCCCUGGAAGAAUACUUUGAGGACAGCGGUUAUUUAUCUUUGCAGAAUAGUCAUAUUGAUCACCAUGGAGAUGAAGAAGAGGACCAUAUUGCUGAGACACACCAGUGGAAAAGGCUUUCCUCAAGUAAUUCCCCCUCAAAAUGCCAGCAAAGGACUAGAAUCAGCUUUUCAGGGUCUCUGGCAGUUUCCACACCUGUGGAUCAUCAUGGAAGGAGCACAGCAACUCUGUCGUCCACCCCCAACCUGCCCAUUUUAAGAUUCCAGCAGGCUGUUUGUGAGGAGCUCACAAAGGGCUACAAGAAGAAUAAGAGGUAUGACUUUAGCGUCAUCUCAAAGAUAGCAGAGAAGUAUCCUUUGGAUCGUGUGAUCGGCGGACAAAUCGGCCUGGAGAACGUCGACGUGUUCACAUCUCUGCUUUCCAGGGACAUGAAAUGCAUCCUGACAGACAUUCUGGCUCUGCUGGGAGACUUGGACCUCAUAAGCUGUAAGAAUGUGAGCAAGACGUGGAAGAAAAUCAUAUGUGAGGAUUCGGCUGCUGCGAGGAGGUGUCGGCAAGCUGAGCAGGCUCUCAGGGAGUCGAGAAGCUCUCAGAGAAAUCCUGCUAGCGGUCUGACCAGAGACGUUGGUGCAUCCAGGGUGGUGCUAUCCUGCAUGCAGGCUGUGGCCUCCAGACGCACCGCUUCCUGCCAGAAGAGUUGCACGCCCUCACCGAGCACACGCUUCAAUGAAUAUGUGCAAGCAGCCAGCACUCUGAAGCAGCACGAGUCUCUGCGCUCCUGCAGGCGCUGCGGGUCUCCUGCCACCCACUUGGCCGAGGCCCAGAGGGCCACAUGCUCUCGGUCCAGCUGCCUCUUUGACUUCUGCACUAGCUGCCAGGAGCCCUUCCACGGCUCCAUCCCCUGCCGGACAGUCAAGCCCCAUGUCCACUUCGCUUCCUCCAAAGAAACCGCCAUCAUCCCGGGCAGCGCUCGCAGCAAGAGAAACGUCAAACGCUUGUGAUAAAGGUUCAUUCCAACCUGUUUUUUUUUUUUUUUUUAAAGAGACUCAACAUCAAUCUUGAGAUUAAUGACUGUAGCAUUGUGACUCCGAUCACAUGAACUAAGUGAGCACUUGAAGCACAGCUGGGGCAAUCUACUGGAAACCUGCUGCUUGUGAGCAGCCACUUUUAUUGUAUAUAUAUAUAUUAUUUUUUUUCU